AUGAUAAAACAGGUAAGACUCUUUGUAAAGAAAUGCCUUGGUUGCUCAGAACGAGUAUCACCCGAAGAAUUGGUAAUGCGAGCUAGCGAUAAUAUUUUCCACCUCAGAUGCUUUGUGUGUGUCGUUUGUGGCAUCAGACUGCAAAAAGGGGACCUCUAUGUCAUCAAACAAGGGCAGCUAUUCUGUAGGACUGAUUACGAGAAGGAAGUAGAGAUGAUGCAAGGAUUUGGAUAUGGCGAAUUUAUAUGCGACGAUCUUCUGCAGUCCAGCAGAUCCCAAGAUGGCAGAAGAGGACCCAAGAGACCUAGAACUAUAUUAACUACUCAACAAAGAAGAGCCUUCAAAGCUUCAUUUGAAGUCAGUCCGAAACCUUGUAGAAAAGUCAGAGAAAAUUUAGCCAAAGACACUGGAUUAAGUGUUCGGAUAGUCCAGGUAUGGUUUCAAAAUCAACGCGCCAAAAUGAAGAAAAUGCAAAAGAAAGCCAAACAGGAUAACAAAGGGGGCAAGGACCUGGAAAACGAUGAAAAGAAAGUCAAUGUCAAAGAGGAGGAACAAAGUCCCCGUUCAACGCCGUUUUUUAACGAUAGCUGUAGCGAUAACGAGGGAACGACGGAUGAGGCUGUACUGCAAAAUGCCUCCAAUAAUCAUUUCCUUCGCAUUAAGGAGGAGCUGGAGAACGAGACUCCCUUUUUUAAAAACAGUAGUAGUAUACCGUUGCACGUUUUUACAGGUAAAUUAAGGUUUGAUAAUGAAUAUUGUUAUUGA